AACUUUUUAUUGUGGUUUGUCCGUUCCGAGCGCUCCGCAGAACAGUCCUCCCUGUAAGAGCCUAACCAUUGCCAGGGAAACCUGCGCUGGGCGCUCCGUACAUUACCAGAAUUUUUUUUAUUAAUCUGAUUAAUAAUUAUUUUCCCUAUUUAAUUUUUUUCCUUAGGUGGAGUUGCCGGAAGCUGGGGGCACCUGGGGAGGGUGGGGUGGGAGGGGAGAGGCAGAAGUUGAGAGCACCUCUCUCUCCCUAUACCCGACCCCUCUGGCCCCCAAGGGGCAAGAGGUUCGCGGGUGUGGGGGCUGAGAUCUGGAGCUGCAGAUGCCUCCACCCCUCCCCUCUCCCAGAUUCUCCCUCCUGCCUCUUCCCUGCAACUUUCCUUAAUUUUAUUUGGCUUUUUUUUUAAAUCAGGACUUUUUAUUUAUUUUUAAAUUUAUAUAAAGUAUGUGUGUGUGUGUGGAGCUGAGACAGGCUCGGCAACGGCACAGAAUGAGGAAAGACGAGGAGAGAGACAGAGAGUGGGAGAGAGAGAGAGGCAGAGAGAGAGAGAGAGGGAGAGGGAGAGUGACAGCAGCGCCCGGACGUCCUCCCCAACGUCGCCCUCAAUUCCACCGCCUAUGAUCCAGUGAGGCAUUUCUCGACCUAUGGAGCAGCCGUAGCUCAGAACCGGAUCUACUCGACUCCCUUUUAUUCGCCACAGGAGAAUGUCGUGUUCAGUUCCAGCCGGGGACCGUAUGACUAUGGAUCUAAUUCCUUUUACCAGGAGAAAGACAUGCUCUCAAACUGCAGACAAAACACCUUAGGACAUAACACACAGACCUCAAUCGCUCAGGAUUUUAGUUCUGAGCAGGGCAGGACUGCGCCCCAGGACCAGAAAGCCAGUAUCCAGAUUUACCCCUGGAUGCAGCGAAUGAAUUCGCACAGUGGGGUCGGUUACGGAGCGGACCGGAGGCGCGGCCGCCAGAUCUACUCUCGAUACCAGACCCUGGAACUGGAGAAGGAAUUUCACUUCAACCGCUACCUAACUCGGCGCCGGCGCAUCGAGAUCGCCAAUGCUCUGUGCCUGACCGAGCGACAGAUCAAAAUCUGGUUCCAGAACCGCCGAAUGAAGUGGAAAAAAGAAUCUAAUCUCACGUCCACGCUCUCAGGGGGUGGCGGAGGGGCAACUGCCGACAGCCUGGGAGGAAAAGAGGAAAAGAGAGAAGAGACAGAAGAAGAGAAGCAGAAAGAGUGACCAGGACUGCCCUUGCACCCCUUUCUCCUCCCUUCCUCAUCCUAGCUCCCCGAAUCACACACUCUGUAUUUAUCUCUGGCACAACUGAUGUGUUGUGGCUUCCUAAAAGAAAACAGGGAGUCAAACGUGGACCUGAAAGUCAGCUCUGGACCCCCUCCCUCACUGCACAACUCUUCACUUGCCUCUUCCUCUAGCUCCCUCGCUAGCUCCUUCCUGGCUUGUCUGCAGGCCCCUUCCCUCGCCUAGGCCUAGGGGACCUGAACCUCGCUUCAGUCUCCACAGAUGUCCCUCCAAGUGAGCCUUAGGCUCCCUCCCCACUCCCGACGCCCUUCACCCCCGCCUUCCGGCGCAUAGAGCUGGCUCCAGGGCCUGGGGCCUCCACUCCGGGGCCUCAGGGCCCGGCCUCACAGCCGGAGGGCGGGAGGCCUCAGGAGGGCGCGCCUCGGCCCCGCAACAACCCCCAGGGCCUUUCCCCAGUCCCUGCCCGGCCCCUCUGCCCCAGCAAAUGCCCAGUCCAGGCAAAUUGUAUUUAAAGAUUCCUGGGGGUCAUUAUGGCAUAUUUCGAACUGUGACCGUUUCUGUGUGAAUAUUUCUAGCUGUAUUUGUGGUCUCUGUGUUUAUAUUUAUGUUUAGCACCGUCAGUGUUCCGGUUUCAUUUUAAAAAGCAUUUAAAAAAAAAAGAGGGAAAAUAGCGAAAAGAGAAAAAAAGUGAAUGACGUUUGUUUAGCCAGUAGGAUAAAAUAAAUAAAGAAAAAAAGAAACCCCUACGUGUUAUCCUCCUGUAUAAAUCCGACCUCUGGAUCCGUUCUCGAAUAUUUAAUAAAACUGAUAUUAUUUUUAAAAGUUUAUAA